ACAUCCGGCGGUGCGGGCCCGCGCGGGGCGGCCGGCCGUGGAGCCGGCCGGGUGCGUGCGGGGCGCCCCGCCUGGAGAAGUCCACGGUGGCGCGAGUCGGGGUCCCCGCCGCGCGUCCCAGCUUGGCGACGUCCGCAACAGUUUCCGCAGGGCUACAGCAGUGUCACCUGCGUCCAGCGGGCGCCUCUGAUGUCCCGAGGACCUCCCGGUCCUGGGCCCCGCGGGCGGCAGGCCGGUCGGCACGCCUGGGGCUGGGGACCCCGCCUCCCACCUCCCGCUUUCUGGGCUCGGGCGCCCUCUUGCCAGAGGCCCUGCGAGGAGCCCUCGGCGAGGCAGGAUGCCCAGUGCUUCCCGGAGGGCGCCGUCCCCUCCCAGCCCCAGGCAGGUCUUGGUGAGCCCCGCCUGGGCCGCAGCUCACAGAGAAUGGAAACACCUGCCCAGCGAUGUCUCUGGGCCGCCUCCUUCGCCGGGCCUCCUCCAAAGCCUCAGACCUCCUGACCCUCACCCCGGGUGGCAGUGGCGGGUCCCCCUCUGUCCUAGAUGGAGAGAUCAUCUACUCCAAGAACAAUGUCUGUGUGCACCCACCCGAGGGGCUGCAGGGGCUGGGGGAGCACCACCCAGGGUACCUGUGCCUGUACAUGGAGAAGGAUGAGCUGCUGGGGGCCACCCUCAUCCUGGCCUGGGUCCCCAACUCACGCAUCCAGAGGCAGGACGAGGAGGCCCUGCGCUACAUCACCCCGGAGAGCUCCCCUGUGCGCAAGGCCCCCCGUCACCGGCGCCGGCGCAACCCAAGCUCAGGGGCCCCCCAGCAGGCCUCCCCCUUGGAGCCAAGGCCCUCGCUGACCCCCAAAGAGGAGGACAUCCUGGUGGUGGCCCAGAGCAUCCAGGAGGCUGUGCACAUCGGCACUUCGCCUGAGGAUGGCGAGAAGCUGGCCCUGGGCACGCGGGCAGAUGGGCCCCACCCCGCCCUGCAGCCUGCCCGCCGAAGCUCCGGAGUCCUGCCUGCAGUCGGCCCGCAGGAUGGGGCGGAGGAGGGCCGGGAGCCGCGGCCUGAGGCCGGGGAGGAGGAGGGCUCCUGGGGGCUCUCUGUGGACGGCGUGAGCAGGGACAGCUCCUUCGACUCAGACUCGGACGCCUUCUCCUCGCCCUUCUGCCUCUCGCCCGUCAGCGCAGGCCUCACGGAGGGCAGCAGCUCUGCGUUCCUGGAGAGCGAGGGCAGUUCCCCCUCCAGCUCCGACACCACCCUGCGCUUCCCGGACAGCAGCGGCCUGCUGCAGACCUCGCGCUGGGACCAGCCACAGCGAGGCUGCGCCCUGGAGCAGAUCUGCGGUGUGUUCCGCGUGGACCUGGGUCACAUGCGCUCCCUGCGCCUGUUCUUCAGUGACGAGGCCUGCACCAGUGGCCAGCUGGUCGUGGCCAGCCGAGAGAGCCAGUACAAGGUGCUGCACUUCCACCACGGUGGCCUGGACAAGCUGUGCGAGGUGUUCCAGCAGUGGAAGUUCUGCACCGAGUCGCACCUCGAGGACCAGCAGGUCGCCAGCGAAAGGACGUGCGUGCAGUUCUCCAUCCGCCGGCCCAAGCUGCCGUCCUCCGAGACCCACCCCGAGGAGAGCCUCUACCGCCGGCUGGACGUCUCCGCCUGGCUGCACCACCUGAACGAGCUGGGUCAGGUGGAGGAGGUGUACAAGCUGCGCAAGGCCAUUUUCUUUGGCGGCAUUGAUGUGUCAAUCCGGGGGGAGGUCUGGCCCUUCCUGCUGCGCUAUUACAGCCACGAGUCCACAUCCGAGGAGCGGGAGGCGCUGCGGGUGCAGAAGCGGAAGGAGUACAUGGAGAUCCAGCAGAAGAGGCUCUCCAUGACUCCCGAGGAGCGCGGCGCGUUCUGGCGUAAUGUGCAGUUCACCGUGGACAAAGACGUGGUUCGGACAGACCGCAGCAACGAGUUCUUCCGUGGGGAAGACAAUCCGAACGUGGAGAGCAUGAGGAGGAUCCUGCUGAACUACGCUGUGUACAACCCGGCUAUUGGCUACUCCCAGGGCAUGUCGGACCUGGUGGCUCCCAUCCUGGCCGAGGUCCUGGACGAGUCGGACACCUUCUGGUGCUUUGUUGGUCUGAUGCAGAACACGAUCUUCGUCAGCUCUCCUCGGGACGAGGACAUGGAGAAGCAGCUGGGUGCACCGGGCACCUGCUGGCCAUGGUCUUAUACUGGUUCCAGGAGGGAGCUCAGCCUGGAAGCCCACAGACUCUACCUGCGGGAGCUGCUGCGGCUGACCCACCCGCGCUUCUACCAGCACCUGGCCACGCUGGGCGAGGACGGCCUGCAGAUGCUCUUCUGCCACCGCUGGCUCCUGCUCUGCUUCAAGCGGGAGUUCCCGGAGGCCGAGGCCUUGCGCAUCUGGGAGGCCUGCUGGGCCCACUACCAGACGGAUUACUUCCACCUUUUCAUCUGUGUGGCCAUCGUGGCCAUCUACGGGGAUGACGUCAUUGAGCAGCAACUGGCCACUGACCAGAUGCUCCUGCACUUCGGAAACCUGGCCAUGCACAUGAAUGGGGAGCUGGUGCUCAGGAAGGCCAGAAGCUUGCUGUACCAGUUCCGCCUCCUGCCCCGGAUUCCCUGCAGCCUGCAUGAGCUCUGCAAGCUCUGCGGGACGGGCAUGUGGGACAGUGGGUACAUGCCCGCCGUGGAGUGUGCCGGCCACCACCCAGGCUCCGAGGGCUGUCCCUGUGGGGGCACAGCGGAGCUGCCUUCACCCCCAACCCCAAGAGAAGGCAAGAGGGGCCUGAAGACGCCUGGGGAAGGCUCUGGCUUCCGCAGAUAGGUGGACUCCCUGCACCGGAGGUUGAGGGGACCUCGCUGAGGUCCUGGGCAUGGGGGUAGGGAGGGCGUGGAGGGGACUCGGGCGGCAGGAGUGUAAGGAAGAGCACCUUUUCCUAGUGUGGACACAGGACUGACCGCCGCAAGGCCUACCGGCCUCCCAAGGAGAGCCGGCGCCCAAAGGCAGCACCAGAAGCUUCCCCCCUGCCAGGAAGAGGGGAGAGCAGGGACAGGGACAGGAGGGCCUCGUCCACCAGCAGCACCAAGCUCUUCCACGCGAGCCGGACAUACUUCCCCAGCCCUCCCUCCGCAGCUGCAGAGCUCACGUCCCACAUCUGCCAGAAAGCCCUGCAGCUUUCGGCAGGUGUCCAGAGCCGGGUCGCUCACGCCGGCCGUGUGAGCGUUGCGUGCCCCAGCUGUGGGGAGGAGGGGCCCGACCGUGAGCCGGAGCCACAACCUGGUGGACAAGGGUCGGACACCGGUCCCUUAGCUGGGGUCCUCACCUGAGGACCCGUGGCACUGUUCAGUCAGUCUCACCAAAUCUGGCCACCUGGGGGCUGAACGGCUGUGGGCGUGUGUGCGUGCCUGCGAGGUCCUCCGAAGAGGCUCUGCUUCCUCCCAGGGCCGUGGAGUGCAUUAACUAACUGGCCAAGAUGAAGGCGCCUGCAAUAGCUGGAGCCUCCUGACCCCCUGCAGGACCUGCGGUCUCUGCUGUGACCGCAGACCUGCUGCUCAGCUUCUCAGGGGUCCCUGCAAGAGCUGCCUCGCUAAAGGAGCACUCGGGCUCUCGGCUUCCCAUGUACUGUCCCCCAGAGACUGAGUCUCAGCUGCCCCUCCUGCUCCCAGCGUUGCAGGAGAGCUGUGUCUUAGGCUGGCAGGCGGGGGAGGAGCCAGGUGCCUCCGUGAAGUGCCGGCUCAUCUGGGAGGUGCAGGUCCAGAGCUGCCUCCACCCUCAGCUUUCCCUGCUGAAGGCGGGCACUGCUGGACAGUGCCACUCUGAAAACACGUCUGUGACCAGGACACCAGCCCCCUCCCUCCUCAGCUUUUUUCUCCAUAAGUCCAGGUCCUCUUGACGGGCACUUCCAAGUUCCCGGGCCCCUCUGUUCCGAGAGCCUUUGCGGAAGAGCACCCUGGAGCCCCCAGGGCGCAGACCCUGAGCUGUUGGCCGUUGCAGUCCAGCUGUGGGGGUCCUGGGGGCAGGCUUCUCAUCUGGUCUGCUUCUGGGGGAAGCGGGUUUCCUAUCUGUUGGCUCCUGGUCCACUAGAGAAAGUGGAUAGAGCUAAGCAGUCCUGUCCUUCCUGACCCUCUGGAAAGCAGGCCCCACAAAGGCCUAGCAGCUCUCCGUUGCCAUACCAGUGCUGUGCAGCAGAUGAUCCCAAAACCCGCAGCCUAAAACUGCUGUGCUCAGGUACCUUGCUGUCUGUGGGUCAGCAGUCAGGCUGGGCAGUGCUGAUCUUGGGCUUGCUCACCUCUGGGGCCUCCGGCUGAAGCUCCAGCAGGCUACUCCAGUGCAAGCCAGCCCUGGUGAAGGCCACAGCGCAGGGGCAGGACCAGGUGAGUGCCUGUCCAGGCCAGGAGGACUGUGGACCUGCCAUAUCCGUGGCUGGACCUGGCGUUCUGGGGCAGGGAAGUGGACCCUCUCCACUAAUGUCCCCUGCACAGCCCUGUGCCAGAAGCCUGGGAAUUCGGGGGGCCCAGGACGGGGGCUGUUGUCACAGUCUACCUGCCACCACCAGAAAGUCUUUGUCCAAAGGACACUUCCGUGUCACCCCCUCCCUGGCAUGGGAGUGAGCCCCUGCCCUCGCCCUGCUGCGGACGCCUGUGCCCUGGGGCUGCAGGUGGGGUUGGUCCAGGUUUCCACCACUUUGGGCUGUCCCAUCCCGAGUCCCCAGCUCUCCAAGACCUGACCCAGACCCGCCAGCUGUAUCCUCAAGGUGACUGCGGAGGCCACCUGCCCCCCUGGGUCCCAGGGUCACCUGCACCUGCAGACCAGACAGGAUCUGGGACGCCUGAGCAGGGCAGAAGGCGGCUCCGGAGGGUGGAGAAGCCCCGCCCUUGUCCUGCUGCCUUCAUCUGGAUGCAAUUAGAGGAAACCAGCCCCAAACCCUGCGGCAGCUGUUACCCCAGGAUCGUUCCCAGCCGGCAGAGGCAUUAGGGUGAUAAUGCAGUCAUUAGACUCCUAGGUUCCCGCGCCAGGUCGUGCGAACAGGGGGUAAUCAGCCAGCCUGGCCGUCUUCUGCGAUGCUGCUUAUUUAACCCAUUUUUUAAAAUGACACUUACUGUUGUUGGCGGGCGUGCGUGUGUGCGCAUACUUAAAAGUUGGCGCUUCC